AUCGUCCAUCAUGGCUAAGAAGUCAAAAUCGCUCAAUCCAGCCGAUGCCUUUCGUAAAGCCCAGAGGGCGAAAGAAAUCAAGAGAAAUAAACUUGAACGGAAGAAAGCGCGAGAAGAAGCUCACACUAAACGAGAUACGAAAAGUAUUGAAGCUGAAAUUCGACAGUUGGAGAAUCUUGAGAAGUUGACCACAUCUGAGCAAACUCGCCUUAAGGACUUGAAGGCAGAAUUAAUUCAAUUUCGAAAGGCAAAGGACUCGACUCAUGGAACAGGCGCCAAUGGUCUGAAUGCAAGCAGUCAUGUUAUUAUUGACCCAGCCACUGGAUUACCUUCGACACUCGCCGGGACGGCUCCCGAAGGAUCACAUUCGAUCAAGACCGGUAGUGCUGGCCCAAGCCGGCAGGAUUCUAGAACGAUGGAUUGGUUCGGUCCUGAUGGAAAACUACUCGAGCCUGAGAAAAGUUUCUACUAUGAUCCAGUUUUCAAUCCAUUUGGUGUUCCUCCACCAGGGAUGCCGAUGCGUAUGAAACCUUCAGUGGAAACAAAUACACUUCCUUCAAUACCCGAUCCUUCGUCCACACCCUCAAAUAAACUACCGGGAAAAAAUCACAAAGCAACAGAAGGCGAGGAAGACGAGGAAGAGAAAAGCGACGAGGACACCUCAAAUGAUGAGAGUACGGAUGAUGAGGAUGACGACGACGAUGAGAUUCCGUUACCAGAAGGUCCCCCUCCUGAUCCGGUGAUUUCAGAAGACGACGAAGACGAUGAUGAUGAUGACAUACCUCUCCCCGAAGGCCCACCACCUGCUGUAGUCCCGGUUGUGCCUCGCGCGGAGCCUUUCAUCAGUCGUCCUGCUUUCAAUCGUCCCCCACCUCAGCAACCCCAUUUACACCCCAGCAUGCUACCUCCCCCUCCUUUCUACCCUCCUCCAAUAAGCCUCGUCCCUGGUUCAGCCCCGCCUCCAAUGAGCUUCGGAGUAUUGCCGUUCCCAAUGGGCCCUAACGGCCUACCUCUUCCGCCUCCAUCUUUCGGUAAUUUUCACCCACUACCGGUCGCUCCUGCAUCUGCUCAGCUCCCCCCAAAGCUAACCACUCAAGUCAAUCCAAUGACUCGGGCUACUUCGGUUCAGUCAGCAGGGCCUGACAAAGCAACAGUGCAGGCCAGUGCGACUCUCACAGCUCUACCUCAACUCAGAGACCUGAAACGGGAAGCUACUAGUUUUGUUCCAUCGGCAAUCCGAAAGAAAAAGAAAGAGUUGGAUCGCCGAGCUGAUCUAGCAGGUUUGGGAGAUAGCAAUCGUAUCCAAGCUGCACCUGAUACUGGGGAUGAUACAAGCCUUGCAAGUCAUGGAAAGGAGGGUAGCCUACCUAGUUCAGCAAGCAAACCUCUUGUGACAAGUCUAUUGGGGGCUCUUAAGCGAGAUGGACUUGUUGUGGAUGGGCAAGCAAAGAAUGGAACAAAUUCUGGUGGAGCAACUGAUAAGGACGAUUACGAUAAGUUUGUUCAAAGCCUUGGUGAUGUAUUAUAGCUGAAUAGUAUUUCAAGUGUGUUUUUGCAAUGUUUAUGAUUCAAGUCCAG